CAGUCGUUCGCCGACCGUGACGAGAAACGUGUGUGUGCAUUGCGGUUGCCUGGCCACGGUGAAUGCACGGUGCAUGCAUGCCACUAACAGCUAGCAGCCAGUGCCAGUUGUUGCAGCUUGCAGAGCAGACAGACAGACGGUGAUCCGCGUGGUAGGGUGGAGGAAGAGGAACAAGUGUGUCCGCGUGAGCGACACACGGAGCAGAGCGAAAGAUGGCGACGACGCAUCGGAAAAUGUUAAGGUGGUGAUGCGGUUCGCGCGAGUAUCCUCAUCGUCGUCGUCGUCCUCCUCGUUAUCAUCGUGAUCGUCUCGUUCGUGAGAUCGCUCAUUGAGCGGAGCGCGGCCAAAUGAUAUGGGAAUUUGCAGCAGAAGACACUUUCUAUUGACGAUAUGCAGCCUACAACUGAUUACCACUAUAGAACGUCAAGUUUUCGACUUUCUGGGGUUUAUGUGGGCCCCGAUACUGGUCAACUUCUUCAAUAUAAUCUUCGUAAUUCUAGGAUUCUUUGGGGCCUUUCAAUAUAGACCUAAAUAUAUCAUAUCGUAUUCUAUAUGGAAUAUAUUAUGGCUAGGAUGGAACGUAUUUAUAAUAUGCUUCUACCUCAGCGUAGGCAUACUGGACAAAGAUAGUGAUAUCCUCAACCUGGGUACUGGUAGUUUUUCUUGGUGGCAUGUGAAUGGGCCAGGUUGCAAAGCUGUUUACGAUGUUACGGAGCCAGAGCACUUUAGACCUGCACGUCCCACUAAUGUAACGGACUGCGUGCUGGACUAUGAAGUGAUAGAAAUUUUACACGCUGCAACGCAAUGUAUUUUAGGUUUUAUGGCGAUUGUCGGCGGAAUCUGUCUCAGUAAAGUGUUCCUUGAAGAAGAUGAUAGCUUUGACUUUGUUGGAGGUGAUGACUUUGGGUUGGCGGGCCACACGCCGUUGCAUCCUAUGUACGUUAGCUACUCGGCUCUUCCACCACCCGCAUAUCCCCACAAAAAUUCCGUUGAAAAUAAUUACCCGACCGGCACAACUAGCUCUCAUCAAUCUGCCUAUCGCGAGACGAGCUUUCCGAAACAGAAAAAUAACAUUGUCAAUCUUAGGAACGACACGGUCCGUAGUAACAGCAGUCGCUCGUCCAGUCGCGAUUUUCAGAACCUAGAUUAUUCGGUCGAUUACUCGAACCCAUUGGAUCACUUGCAGCGGCCCGUGUCGCCCGUAUACGACGAGUACGAUUCGCUGGACAGCGCCGCUAAACUGAGAUAUCAGAAAAACAAGCUGUACUAUCCGCACUUGGCCAAGUACAGUCCGGUCGCGCGUAUCAAGUCUCGUUCGAUCGCGGCAAAGCAAGCCAGGAACCCCGCCAAACCACGACGAGUCUUCAUCGAUCACGUGCGCGAUAAGCCCCUGAGAUCGUUUUACUCCGAUCCGAGAUUGGCCGUUGAUCAGCAUCAAGCAUCGAGCGAACAUGACAGGUCGUCGAAACGAGAUAGCCGACCCCUGUCUCUGUACGCGAUACGAACUAAGCGGAAGAAGAAGCAGCCGCGGCCGCUGUACAGCAUCGAGUACUCGCAGCCGGAGCCGCCGGUCCAGGAUGACAGCAGCGUGUCACCGAAGCCGAUGACGCCGCGCCGGGUGAAGCGACGUUCCGUAAUCUCCCGGGAUGGCACGCGACGUUCGAGCACGCGUCGCAGCUCCGUACGUCAAUCGCGUCGCAAGAACCCGGUGAACCGCAUCAUGGAUCAUCAGGAGAACCUGUACGCCAACACGGGUCCGGGCUGCAUCGGCACCCUGACGAAUCAGAACGUGAGCACGCUGUCACAGGGGGUCAACUAUGACCGGAUCACGAUCGGCGGUUGGGACCGCGAACGUAACACCGUCGAUCGAAAUUGGCAGCCGGAGGCGGUGAACAUGGCAGUAUCGUCACCGGCCCUGUGGCCGCCGCCACCGUCGAAUCUGGAGUCCUCCAACAACUACUCGAAUGCAUCGUCUGGUUUUCCGCCUGGCCAGAGCCCGCCCGGCGAUUGGGACCAGCAGCACGCGACCACCAGCUCCACGCGCAAUCUUACUGACAAUUGGCAGGCGGCUGCCGGCGAGCUCAGUGCGAUGCAGUGGCAGGGCCAGAGCAAUCCCACGUUUCAACAGACCAGCACGCAGAGUUUGAAUGGCGAGGACCUGGAGGAGCUCUACAGCAAUCGGCCAGCGAGUGCCAGGUCCAGCUACAGUAACUACCACGGUGUCAGGGCGACGCCGCAAGUGCCGAACCGCACCGACAUCGUCAGGCAGAGUCAGCGACAGUUUGUCCUCAGUGGACCACCUGCUUAUCAGGAUACGGUAAUCUGAUGACAUAGUCAUGUCAUGAGCGAUGUCAGCUGUAUGUCUCGUAUUGGAGACGAAACAAUAGAUUGAACAGGCCUUAUAGAACCUUUUGCUAUUUAAUCAAUUAUAUUUAAUCAGCGAAUGAUAAUAGAUCGUUAGAGAUAAAAAAUGAGUGAUAAUGUCGCCUCACAGGGACAUCUUAAUGAAAAAGGUACUAUUUUUGAUAGUGCUAGUCGCGCACGCGACGCGUUCGAUCCAGCAAAAAGAAAAUAUUACGAAUAUAAGAAGAAUUUGAAGAAGCUGCAAUUUUAUAAUGUGCAUUAAUUAUAACUCUUUUCCCGUUGAUAUUUUCAAGUUGUAAUAAUUUCAACAUUUGUAUUAACUAUAUUAUUUCGAUAAUUGUAUCGCAGUUAUACCCAUGAGAUUGUGGGCGGUAUCUCUAAAUAAAUAAUUAAUAAUAAAUAAAACGGGCAAGCAUCGCGAUUUUGCCUAUUUCAGAGCUUUACUUGAUGCAGAUCGAUGUGAUAGAUCUCUACUAACGUUGCAUCGUAUUAUACUGCAAAAAAAAAUAACACGUCUACAAGAGACGUAACUUUACUUAAGACUUAAAGAGCCACAAUUAGCGCUCUCUCUUUUUCUCUCUUUCUGUUUCUCUUUCGUCUCUCUCAUUCAAAUCAUUUCGCAAUAUUAUUUUAACAAAUAUCUGCUUACGUCACUACAUAAUCUGUCGAUUUAGUUUUUGAUUAUAUCCAUCAUAAAUUCAUGCAAUCGAUGACAUGAUGAGACUAUUUUAAAAAUCGGCGUAAAGUAAUUCUUGAAGGGAGUUGUUAAAUUAAUUCAAUGUACAGAAAUUCUGCAAUAUGAAUUGAACAUUUAUACCAUUUUUAAAGUAUACGGUUUAUACGAUCAUAAAGAAGAUUAUUCUUUCUCAGAAUAAAUUUACCUGAUUGACGUAUGUGACAUUAGUGUACUUAAGAUCUGAAGAUCUCAAAUACAGAUCGCACAUAGUUCUAUUAGCGUUAGAAUUUUUACGCAUCUUUCAUCGUUUUUCUCGUUGUCGGUAGCUUUUAUAGAAACUUUCCAUUCUCAUCCUAUUUAUAUUAUAGAAUUAAGGUUUCUCUUAUUUUAUCAUAUAAAAUCAAAAGAAGCAUCGCAUACUCUGUAAAUAUAGUUUUAUAAUCCCUCAUCAAAAUGUAUUUUCGACAACACUGUACAAACAAGACAAUCAACUUCAUUUAUUAUUCUUUUUAUCAUUAGCGGUUUAUGCUAUUUUCGACUUUAUGGCAAUUAGAAGAUACCGGCCUUUUUAAAAGUUACGAUAUUUUCGAAUCUUGACUUUUUAUAAUUUCUAUACAACUUGCACAUAUACAAUUGUGUAUUUGUAUUCGGACAAUUAUGUUAUUGAGCGUAUAUUAAAGCGUAUAUAAUUAAAAACUACAGUCUUCCAUUUGCUACAUAUCUCGCAAUUUAUCUAUAUACAUAUAUUAGCAAAUAAAAAUUGAUGCAAUACACUUGUGCGCAUUAGUGACAAAUAAUAACUUACAGAAUAAUGGCAAUAAUCAUAUAUAAUAUUAUGCCGCGUGCAAUAAUGUCUGGCUAAUAUUUUUCAAUAAGAAGUUUAAAACUGCGAAAUUUUACGACGGUUUAUGUACAUCGCAAGAAAAUUGGUAUUGCGACAUGCCUGAAUUAAUUCUUUUUGAAUGCCAUUGCGAUAUAUUUAUUUUUAAAAUUUUAAUUAAUUUUUAAUUUUUCGCAUCAAGAGACAUUUUUUAAAUAAAGUUUUAACUAAUUUUUUUUAUGCUCGAUGUUAUAAAAUAUAUAAGUGCCAAAAACAAAAACUAUUUAAGCGAUUUACAAUUUAAUUAAUGGAAAAAAUAAAUUGUGUAUAUAAAAAAUAUAUAUGUGUGUUUUUUACACAUAUAUCAAUUAAAAUCUUUUUUUAUUGUUUAUAUAUUUUACGCUAUGAAAGAGAGAAGGACUCGUGUUUAUAAGCACGUCGUGAAUUUCGAGUAAGGCGGUGAUGGAAACCAAAGUGUUAAAUAUCGAUAUACACGUAAGAGACAUGUCUCAACUUUAAAACUGCCUCACACAUCUGUUCUGAUUAUUGUACAAUCUAGUAUUAAUUCUGAAAUUUGUUCGAUGAAGAAUCGAAUAAAACGUAAUGAGAUGAGUUACUUUGUUCUCUGAUUACUUAUAAGAAUCUUGGAUAGUUUUCUAGUUGUAUAUAAUAUUUUUUAAUCUCGAAUUAUACAUAUAUAAUAUUACAUAUACAAUUUCGUAGUAGAAUAGUUUUACAGAACAGCUAUUUUUUCAAUUGCAAAGCGAAUUAUAUCGGUCCACUCGGUCAUUUUUUAUUAAAAUGACUUCACAUAUUGCAAUACACAUUACGUAUCUUACAGUUUUAAAUGACAGGAAUUUAUGACUAUAAUUUGUUAAUAAUAAUUGUUCAAUUACACCGAAAUGGAGGAUUAUUCAAUAUAAUGAUUACAUUUUUCGAAGUUUAGAUUUAUUCUACAAUGUAUUAUUGUGUAACGAUUGUAAGACAAUAAACGAUAAGUGUUCA